AUGGUUGGAUUUAUGGAUAAAAAUCACAACGACUAUGUAAAAAAUCCUCACCCAAUAGUGUGUUACUUUGGGAGUUGGGCACACUAUCAUCAGGACGAGCCCUUUGACAUCGAGGACAUUAAUUACAAUUUAUGCACUCAUAUUAACUAUGGUUUUGCCAAAAUCGAUGAAUACACGUAUGAGAUACUGGUGUUUGAUCCCUGGCUUGACGAGCACUUGCAGUCUUACCAGAGAUUUGUCGAUCUGAAGAAGAAGAACCCGAACUUAACGACAAUGAUAUCGUUGGGCGGUUGGUAUGAGGGGUCAGAGAAGUACUCAGAUAUGGUUACCAACGCUGAAAUCCGACAUAAGUUUGUGAGAAGUGUUAUCGCCUUUUUGGGUAAAUACAACUUCGAUGGCCUGGACUUGGAUUGGGAAUACCCGGGCAAUAGAGGCGGCGCUAACACUGAUAAAGACAAUUAUAUCCAACUGUUGACUGAAUUACGGGCGGCUUUUGAACCCCACGGAUACCUAUUGACAGCGGCUCUCUCGCCGGGAAAGCAAACGAUAGACUCGGCAUAUAUUGUGCCGAAACUGAAUGAACUGCUCGAUUGGGCAAAUGUGAUGGCAUACGACUAUCACGGGGGUUGGGAGGGGUUUCUCGGCCACAACUCACCACUCUUUAGCCGCCCCGACGAGACCGACGAACUGAGCAAAAAAUAUGGCGUUAACUUCAAGUGGUUUACAGUCGACUAUACUAUUCAUUACUUCCUAAGUCUGGGUCUGUCUAAGGAUAAGAUGGUAAUGGGAGUGCCCUUCUAUGGCCGGGCGUGGACUCUGUUGAAUGAAACGCAAGUAAAUAUUCACGAUUACGCUAAAGGUAUGGCACCCGCGGGCAAGAUAUCGCACGAGCCGGGAGUGCUCGGCUAUGAUGAGUUAUGUCUGUUGGAGAAACAGCAUCCGCAAGAGUGGCACAACUCGUACGACAAGUACUAUAUGGCACCGUAUGCCUGGACUAAAGACAUAUUCAUUGGCUUUGAUAACGAGGACAGUAUUCAAUGCAAAAUAGCGUUUCUAAAGUUAAUGGGUUUAAAGGGAGCAAUGAUUUGGUCGCUGGAAAACGACGACUUCAAGUCCCGGUGCGGUUCAGUUAAGUAUCCGCUCUUAAGGAAAGUGCAUUCAAUGCUCAACGGAGACGAAAUACAUUCAAUGGAGUGUAAAUACGGCGAUCUCUUCCCCACUACUCCCAAACCCACUUCACCCCCGACCACAACCACUACAACACCCAAACCUACACCACCGCCCACUCAACCCACCACUGAGCCGCCCCUUCCCACCACUUCUAAGAGUCCAAUCGACUACUGGUGCUCGAAGGAUGGAUAUAUGCCCGAUAGUACUGACCCACAUGUGUUUUAUCAGUGCGAAUGGAUCCCAGGCAAGGGCUGGUGGUUGCAUAAAAUGGUCUGUCCAGGCCAAAACAAAGGGCUGGUGUUUUCGUGUCCGUCAACGGGUCUAUUCCCACACCCGAGUAAUCGGCAUAUGUUUAUAAACUGUUGGCACAUAACACUACAGGAUUACGUGGGAUGGGAUUUCCACAUACAGUCCUGUCGGCCAACAACACUGGUAUUUGAUGUGAUAUCGCGCACAUGUAUUGUCGAUCGGGACGACCGCAACACCACAACCCCAACCACACCACAGACAACAACACCGUCAACAACGCCGUCGGGAAACUCACAGCCGAUACAGCGAUGUAUUGAGUGCCGUAAACCGGGGCCUAUGGUAUACCCGGACGAUAGGCGUAAGUUCGCUGUCUGUAAGCCAUUAAUGGAGGAUAAACGACGGGUCGGUUGGGAAGUAAUCGUUAGGCAGUGUUUCAGUGGCUAUCGUUGGAGUCAAACGAUUAACACCUGCGUCGAGGAGACGGUAGAGACGACCACAUCUAUACCGACAACAACGAGUUCGCCCAUCGACUGGGCCCGUGAACUAUGCCAUAAAUUGGGACAAAAUAGUAAUCCAUUGAAUCCACGUGGUUAUAUAACCUGUCGUUAUGAUGAAUAUGGUAAACUCGAGUAUGAAGAGCAUAAAUGCGGCGAUAGCCCAAAGCCCCACAUCUAUAACCCAAAGGGCGAGUUUUGUGUCAAAGAAUAUAAGUCACAAGAAUUGAAGUUUUAUGAGAAGAUCGACGACCAUAUUGUUAAUUGUUAUGGAGAGCAUGUGGUCGCACACCCGACCAAUACGAGUUGGUAUCUCAUAUGUUUACAACACCCGUCGCCCAACUGGUCUAUAAUUGAGUUGUACAAGAGACAACGAGUGAUAGACUUGAGAGCA